AUAAACAAAGAUAGAAGUUUUGACAGAAGUUCAUCUUUCUCGCUCUUACAGUCCCACAUCCCGUUUCCUCAUCCGUCAAGCGUGGCUAAUCAAGGCACGAAAAGAAAAAUGAGCAGCUCGGAGGAGGUAUCCUGGAUUUCAUGGUUCUGCACACUGAGGGGCAAUGAAUUUUUCUGUGAGGUGGACGAAGACUACAUAAAUGAUAAAUUUAACUUGACUGGCCUCAACGAGCAGGUGCCGCAUUACAGGCAAGCCCUGGACAUGAUCUUGGAUCUUGAGCCAGAUGAUGACCUGGACGACAACCCCAACCAGUCCGACCUUGUGGAGCAGGCAUCCGAGAUCUUGUACGGGUUAAUCCAUGCUCGUUACAUUUUGACUAAUAGAGGCAUAGGGCAAAUGCUGGAGAAGUUCCAAGCGGGUGACUUUGGACACUGUCCACGGGUUUAUUGCGAGUGCCAGCCGAUGCUGCCUUUAGGGCUGUCCGACGUGCCAGGCGAGGCGAUGGUGAAGCUGUACUGCCCGCGCUGUAUGGACGUUUACACGCCCAAGUCGUCGCGGCACCACCACACGGACGGCGCCUACUUCGGCACCGGCUUCCCGCACAUGGUGUUCAUGGUGCACCCGGAGUACCGCCCUAAGCGCCCUGCCUCGCAGUUCGUGCCUAGACUGUACGGCUUCAAGAUCCACCCGCUCGCGUACCAGAUUCAACAGCAGGCGGCGGCGAGCUUCAAGGCGCCGCUGCGGAGUGUCUCGUACAACAACGAAACGAAGACUUCCAGUAACAUUCCAAAAUGAUUAUAUACCCGCCGAGUGCGCCCCCAGGGCACUGCCCUGCCGCCGACUGCCCGCCGGCCGCGCCGCGGUACUAAUACAAGCUAUCUCGACCUGUAACUUUAACUAAUUAAUAAUAAUAUAAUAUAUUUAUUAAACAAUUACUCCUUAUUUAGACAGCUAAUCAAUUAAAGAGUUAUGUUUCAAAUUCAAUAAAGUUUAUUUUUACGUUUUCUGUAA